AUUUGGCGUAAUUGAUAAAAGCUUUUUUGAACGACGCUGCUGAUUUGUUUUUCGAAUUUAAAAUCUGAGUCAAACUUUACCCCCAGGUUUGUGACAGAGUCGCUGAGAUACGGGGUCAGAGUGCCGAGGUCAACGUUGGGGGAGGGAGAGCGACUUGGACCGAACAACAUAACUUCUGUUUUAUCUUCAUUUAGGCUCAGGAAGUUAGCUGAAAGCCAGACUUUGAUGUCGUGCAGGCAGUCAAUAAGACGUUGAACCGUGUUAUUUUGUGCCAUGGGAAAAUAAAUCUGGCAAUCAUCGGCAUAAAAAUGAAAUGCAAUACUGUACUUCCUAAAAAUAGAACCAAGGGGGAGAAGGUAAAGCGCAAAUAAAAUUGGGGCAAGGAUUGAGCCCUGGGGGACCCCAUGUGGUAAAGGAGCUGUGGACGACAUAAAACUGUCUACUUUUACACAAAAACUCCUGUCAGUUAGGUACGACAGACAUGCCACGUUACAGCAAUAGAAAACGCGUAUAUCAUCACUAUUUGUAAAGUUGCUUCUUUCAAAUGUUUGUGUGAUAUAUGUGAUCUCUUAAGGAUGAAACCACUCAAAGAACAGGGAGAUUCCAAAAAAGGUACAUUGACACCAUUCUUCUGGUUCGCGUCUCGCAAAACCUGCAAUCCUGAUCCCCAAGUCUUGUGGGUUGUCAGGGAGAGCUUUGCCCUCGUCAAGGGAGCGGUGCUCCUGCUGGAAGAGGCAGAGAGAGAGGACCAACACGAGGACACGUCUCCCCUGAAGCCAGAAGACGGCGCUUCAGACACGCGACACCGACACAUACACGCCAUGGUUGAGCUGCUUCGACCAGAGGAUAGCAUCAAGCUGGCCGUGCAGUUGGAGUCCGUCAGCACGGUCCGAGUCAGGUACCUCAUUGUCGUCUCCACCCUGGCUAACAAAGACGAGAGCAUCCUGCUAGGUAUGGACUUCUCCAAACAGGAAAGUGACGAGUGCACCAUUGGGUUGGUUCUACCUAUUUGGAGCGACACACAAGUGUACCUGGAUGGAGAUGGCGGUUUUAGUGUCACCUCAGCAGAAGAAACAAGAAUUUUUAAGCCAGUUUCCAUGCAGACCAUGUGGUCAGUGCUGCAGGCGUUGAACGGAUGCUGCGAGCGGGCCGUCAAAGGCGCCGUGAUUCCGGGCUGCAGUCUGGAGUGGGCCCAGCAUUACUACCAGCACAUUGAAUCGGACCGCUUGUGCCUCAACGAGUGGGAGGUAAUGAACGACCUGGAGUCGGUCAGGAGGGACACCGAUAGUCACGGUAUUGCUGACAGAAAUGACAAAGAGAUGUUGAUUAAGGAGCAACUGAGAGACAUCAUGAGGACGGAAGACCUCGACAACCUCACGUCUAAAAUGGUCCACUCGGCCUUGCAGACUCGGAUAGGCUUCGACAUGAGGCCGUUUAAAGAGUACAUUGACAACGAGAUGCUGGUCACCAUGGCUCAGAUGGACAAGCCAUCCAAGAUAUUUGACUACCUCUACUUGGGCUCCGAGUGGAACGCAGCCAACUUUGAGGAGCUGCAGAAAAACAACAUUGACUACAUCCUGAAUGUGACUCGGGAAAUCGACAACUUCUUCCCAGAAUCCUUCACCUACAUGAACAUCAGGGUGUACGACGUGGAGACCACCGACCUGCUCCCCCACUGGUCCGACACGUACAACUUCAUCAACACUGCCAGGAAGAGCGGCCAUUCGGUGUUGGUGCACUGUAAGAUGGGCGUGUCUCGCUCCGCCUCCACCGUCAUCGCCUACGCCAUGAAGCAGCAACGCUGGCCGCUGGACGUGGCGUCGGCCUACGUGAGGGAUCGCCGUGCCAUCAUCAGACCCAACGAGGGCUUCACCAAGCAGCUGCAGACCUACAACGGCAUCCUCCACGCCAGCCGCCAGCGACACAGCUUGCUCUGGAGGAGGAAGUCCAAAGACCAAAGGCAGAAGUCUCAGCGCAAAGACGACGGCGAGAAGCCGGAUGAGGCCGAGGAGGAAGAGGGAGAUGAAGAAGAGGAGGAUGAGGAAGAGGAGGAUGAUGACAUCACAGAGAGCUCUGAUGAAAAAGAGGAUUCAGGGGAAGAUGUGUUUGAGCAGCCUGACACCACCCAGGAAGAAACACCACCAUGUGUCAUCAGUCCCAUCAUCUCUCUUCCAUGUGUGAGUCGCAGUGGAAGGAUGAACCUCUUCUCCCUCAUGCAGUCCAUCAGUGAACAAGAUGACGUGACCAAAGGAUGCGAGCAGGUGAGCUACUUUACAAUUGACCCAAGUGGAGGGAUCGACCUCAUUCAUAUAUGUCAUUUAUAUCCAUUUAUUUAUGAAAGGGAAGUUUUUGUUAACAAUUUAAAGGUGUUUGCUGAUUAUACAAGCAUGUUUAACACAUAUAGAUUCCUUUCUUUGAUGAAGACAAGAAUAUAAGUUGAUUGGAAUCAGACAGUAGUGAUGACAACAUCCACAUUUUAUAAUGGAGGAGAACAAAAGUCCUCCUUUCUGUCUAAUACCACAUGAAAGUGCUUGCUUUUUGGCAUCUUAUUUGUCCAGCUUCCAUACUCCUUUUUAUACACUUUACAAGAAAUACUUUGGCGGCAAAGUCUGUAGCGUGCUAGCUUUCUGAGACUCUUAUUUUGAUAGCGCAGGCAGGAUGAAGCAGGGCUUUUAUUGUGAAGACAGGAACUGUGCAGUCGGUCUUUAGAGUUUUGACGGCAGGUACGGCGAGGGUGUUGAAAUAAAAAGUGUUUCUCGCCUUCCUUUCGGUCAUUUUUUUCUUAACAAUGAUCUUGCAGCCGCCAGCGUCAUCUCACAAGACCCUCGGGUGUUGUCAGUGUCAAUCAAGUGACGUCUUGGUGAGGAUCCAUGAUCGCUCAUUUGUAGGUCCAUUUUUUUCAUGCCU